CAAUAUUACAUACCUUCAGCACGAGAACUAGCAAGACUAGUUGGAGUAUGCAAAGCCCCGGUCAUACAACAUUUUUCUGAAACAAUUUCUGGAUCGACGACAAUUAGAAGCUUUGAUCAGAAAUGCAGAUUUGAAGACAUGUGCUUGAAGCUAAUUGACGACUAUUCUAGACCAAAGUUACAUGUGGCUGGCGUGUUGGAUUGGCUCGGCUUACGCUUGGAUAUGCUGUCCUCUUUUAUGUUCGCCUUCACUCUGGUUUUUCUAGUUUCCGUUCCUCAAGGAACUAUUGAUCCAAGAACUGCGGGAUUAGCAGUGACAUAUGGACUAUAUUUGAACAAGAUACAAGGAUGGGCAAUACAAAAACUUUGCAAUGUGGAAAUACGAUUUAUAUCGGUGGAAAGAAUAUUUCAAUACAGUUCUAUCCUUAGCGAGCCUCCUCUUGUUAUAGACUCAAAUAGACCUCGUCACUUCUGGCCAUCGCAAGGAAAAAUCGAUAUCCACAAUCUGCAGGUUCGAUAUGCGCUGCACAUGCCACUUGUAUUGCGAGGCCUUACGUGCACAUUCCACGGAGGUACAAAGACGGGAAUCGUUGGGAGAACCGGAAGUGGUAAAUCUACUCURAUACAAACGCUUUUUCGUAUUGUUGAACCUGCCAGCGGGGAGAUUCUGAUAGAUGGGAUUAAUAUAUCAUCAAUCGGGCUCCAUGAUUUACGAUCUAGAUUAAGCAUAAUCCCUCAAGAUCCAACUAUGUUCAAUGGAACUAUACGAACUAACAUGGACCCACUUGAAGAACAUUCAGAUGAUCAGAUUUGGGAGGCUCUUGAUAAAUGCCAGAUYGGAGACGAGGUUAGAAAGAAGGAAGGUCAACUCGAUUCAACAGUUACCGAAAAUGGAGAGAAUUGGAGUACGGGUCAACAGCAACUGGUCUGUCUUGGCCGCGUACUACUCAAGAAAAGCAAGAUACUGGUUCUUGAUGAGGCCACUGCAUCRGUUGAUACAGCAACGGAUAACAUGAUUCAGAAAACGCUUAGGGAACACUUCUCAGACUCUACUGUCAUAACAAUCGCGCAUAGAAUCACCUCUGUGGUCAACGGUGACAUGGUUUUGGUUUUGAACAAYGGCUUGAUCGAAGAAUACGAUUCUCCUACAAAAUUGUUAGAAGAGAAGUCAUCUUCAUUUUCAAAGCUGGUUGGUGAGUACAACAGGAGGUCAAACUCUAGUCAUAUAAGUAAGCAGAGCUGAGAAUUGUUUUCUAGUUCUACAAUCUAUGCUAUGAAGUACACAAAAAAUACGAACUUGUAUCAAUUUUCGGACAAUUUCAUGCAAAUUUUGUACGCCC